GCUUGGAGUCCGCUCAUGAGUAGCGUAGAGCCCGCCAUCCUGGACGACCUAAAACAAUCUCCAUUAACCAUCUUUCGCGAAAAGAACGACGAGGUGAAGAAACAGAAGAAGGAGGAGAAUGGCGACGGGGAGGUAGAGGAGGAGGAAGUCGAAGAGGAAAUUGAGGGCGAGGAGGAGGAGGUUGACGGCGAUGGGGAAGAAGACGACGAGGAGGAUGACAUAGCGGAGGGCGACGAUGACCUGGAAGAAUGCGAAGACGAGGAGGAGGACGACGCGGAAGCCGAGGUGGAAGCUGAAGGAGAAGACGAAGAGGAGGACGCAUAAUGAAGGAACGGAGAGAAGUAUAUAAGUAAGAAGGGGAGGUAUAGGCGGACGGCGGCGGCGCCAUCGUCGAUCUUCGGCAGUCUUCUCAGCGGACACUUACUCCUCAUAUUGAGCGGUUGGUAGCAAUGAUCGGCGCCUCGCCGCAGCCACGUCCACACGCAAAAGGAUAGCCCUCUCGACUCUACAACUAAAAGUUGCCACCUCGCCCGGAGUUGCGGCGUGCUGAUGCGGACAGGAUAGAGAAAGAAAAAAAAAAGGAAAUGACUGGAACAACAGCGACGGAUGGAAGAAAAAAAAACAAAUAAAAAGCAUUAAACGGAGACGUACAAUCAACAAGAACACGAACACAGCUCAUCGAGAGAGACGGGAGCCUCGGCUCAUCGCAAUUCUGGCCAUCCUAGCCAUCACCAAAUACUACUGCUAGGUCGUUUGACCGGAAACCGUAAAUUCGCCCCUCUCGUCCACUUCGCGUGAAAAUCACUUCCUUGCAUCCAUCCCCAUAGAGAAUCAUAACGCCUCUCUGUCAUGCUCUUAUUCCCGUAAGUCCUUUGAUAAAAAGAAUCCGUCGAGCGGCCCAGAGCACCUUUUUCUCCCUUGGCUGGGGCUCACAAACUCCCCAUACUCCCUCCUCACCACAAACACAAAAAAGAACAACUCACGACAGAACACAAGAACGAGAUAGAGAAGGAACGCGAAUGGAUGGACCUUUGAGGAAGAGCCAACGCUCUUCUCGCCGAUCCUCGCGCUCCUUCCUUUACUUUCUAUCUUCAUUCUCUCCUCGACUCUCGCACCAUUUUCAUUUCCCUCAUACGUCCUUCAACCUCUCUCUGUCUUCUCCGUGAACCCACCCGAAUCCCUACCUUCCCUAGCGUGGCGGAUCUAUCGUUUCGCCCGAACAACCUAUCAAAUCGGUAUUUGCCGAUACCUUGGCUUUCAUCGCGGGAAAGUUUUAUAACGAAAACUUAUUUAAGAUAUAAUAAAAAAAAGCUCUAUUGUAUUUAAAUAGUGUAAAAUGGACAUUUGUGGGUGAUUUUUUUACAUUUGAAAUCAAAUUUACGUUUGUAGUUCGACGAAUGUCUCUCACCUAGUGCGCGUGAAACUGAAUUUCGUUUACAGAAAGACCGAUCAUGUGUAAUAGGAGUGUGUCAUGGCGCGAGGAGAGCUCGUAUUCCUCAUACAUUUGAAAAAGCGGUUCUUUUUUUUUUUUAACGUCACGCAUUACGCGCGGCAAAUACGAAUGGCGCGUCCUUUUGCAGGGGACACUGAAACCAAAAAAAUGAAACCUUUGAUAGAAAUGAACACGGUAUCGCAUACUUCGGUAUCAUUCCUUAAUGGCACAGAGAACCAGUUGCGCUCUCUGUGGUACCUGCGUACGAAACCCCUACCUCUAACCCCUUCAAACUUCACCCUACGGAUGAUCACUCUCGAUAUCAACCAACCCGCUCUAGUUACGUCUUGCCUAUAGACAAGCUUCGUUCGCCUCGCACCAAAGCCGACACGAAUUAACGAUUAUUCGAUGCGACCCUCGCGCCCAGACUGUGUGGAUGAGUAAAACGUGUGACUUUAACAUUGCAUAAUAAUUAUACAUAGUAUGUAUAAAGUUAUGGAUUAAGAAACAUUUUAUUAUUAACGAUAAUAUUAUGUAACGUAACGUAAUGUGGAGAGGUUGUUACACUCUUUAGUCUUUGGGCAUAGAGUAGGGAGAGCAAUUGGCGUCACGCUACCGAUACAUUAAUAUAUAUAUAUAUAUAUCCACAGAAACGUAUGUAUAUGUAUGUAUAUACAUACAUAUAUAUAUACAUAUAUAUAUAUUUCAAAGAGGGUAGUGCGUCCCCUUCUGCGCCAACCCCUAAAUUCCCACCCUGAUCCUACGAACCUUCCACCCUAUCUACCUCUGUGUUUCUAUCUCUCUCUCUCUUUCGCUCACAUCCUCCUCUCCUUGUCGGCCUUCCAUAUUCUUCCUGUAGGUCCCUAUAAAGCCUUCCCCCUCUUACCCUCUACCCCCCUCCCCUCCCCGGGAACACUCUCCUGGAAAAAUAGUAUCUCGAUCGAUUCGCCGUUACGCUGUUACCAGCCGCCAGCUUGUGGGUUAUGCAUGCGGAUAUCGCUCUGGGUAUUUCGAUUUUUCGCGUGCUUUUGAUAUCGAUCGAACUGACCGACCGAGACGGACAAACUGACAAACCGACCGAACCGACGGUUAGACACGUCGACGACGCAUUGACGUAUAAGAGGGAGAUGGCAUUCUGAUAAGAAAAAAAAAAAGAAUUGAACACCUGUAAAACCUAGGAUACGUAUGGAUAACCGUGAGGAUUAUUUAUUCAAGUUAUUUUCUCUCCCCAUUCGAGUCUACGUCUUUUGCUCGAGCGUAAAUUCGUUUUUAUAAUUGAACAGUAGGUGUGGCUCUUUUUUUUAAAUUCACGACUGUCUUUACGAACACAAUGUUUUGCAAGGAUGCCUCCCCCCUUUCGAUAUCGGUGCGAUGCCACUUUAUUUUUACGUUGGUCUCUGCAGUUGGAGGGGGAGGGGGGGGGGUGCGUAACGCGUUCAGUUCGACCCGGGUGAAAUUAAGGACCUUACGAAUUCCUUGCGAGAGCUCUUUGUUCUAGAAGAAGAAGCACAACAAUCCACCACCUUCUGCCGUUCGUUGGCUUUGCUUUGGCCGGGAUGAGUUUUACGAACGCGGAAACGCGGCACGAAUGAAGGUAUUCCAGGAGCGUGUAGAAGUUCGGGACACGCCGGUAGGUUCCACGGAGGAAGGAAUGAUAAACGGGAAGAUAGAGAGAGUAUAAUGUAAAGUCACGAAUACGAUUAACGCGUAUGGGAGACUGGUAUGCGUAUACGUAGGCAAAAAGGGGGAAAGAUGAUAAGAAGUGUGAUUUUACUCUUGCGAGGAGUGGCGAGGGGGGGGGGUGGAGGUAGAAGGAGGAAACGCGUGUUCCGGUAGAACGAUGUCACUUAUUCCGGUCUAAGUGCACCGGUAGCCAAGUAAGAGACGGACGAGAGAAAAAGGGGAGUUGGGGAAAUCAAGUAAAAUAAACAAAAUGGGUGAUGAGACAUUGCGGUUACGAUACCAUUGUACCAUAGCUGCAUAAUAAUAAUAAUAUUAAUAUUAAUAAUAAUGAGAAAAAAAAAUAAAAGGAGGUAACGAUAAUUUCAAUGCGAGACGAUGUCCCACGUUUUAAUGUACAAAUAUUUUCGAAGGAGGAUAGUUAAAUAAAAAGAAACAAAAAAAA